CGAAACAGUCAGGGGAGCACGCCGCAGACCACCGCAGACAUUCGCCAACGCCGUUUGUAAAUCGGUGUCGCGCAGGUCGCGAUUAAACGGAAUUCAAAUAUUUUCCACACAACUUAUUGAAUCGAGUGAGGAGAGUUUUGAAAUAUUAUUCCUUAUCCAACAACGAGCCUCCCGCAACGCAGACACGAUGCCGGUUGUAGAAGGAGAGCACAGCAGCCGCUUGGCUAAAUUUAAGUUCAACAGCAAACACGAUGAAGUUCGAAGAAGAAGAAACGAGACGUCCGUUGAGUUGCGCAAAGCACGGAAAGAUGAGCAAAUGUUAAAACGUCGUAACAUUAAUGUAGUUACGGAACCAUUGAGUCCUUUGGAUCCAUUAAGCCCACCAGACAUGAAGUCAUCUGUAGGACUGAUGGAUGUGACACAAAUUAUCAGUAAUAUGAACAGUUCGGUUCCAGCUCUUCAGUUACAGGGUACUCAAGCAUGCAGAAAGAUGUUAAGCAAAGAAAGGAAUCCACCCAUCGAUGACAUGAUUCAAGAAGGCAUCGUUCCUCGUUGCGUUGAAUUUUUGAGCUACAAUGAUAACCCACCACUUCAAUUUGAGGCAGCAUGGGCAUUAACUAACGUAGCUUCUGGUACUUCGGAUCAAACCAAAGUUGUGAUAAAGCAUGGAGCUAUUCCAAAACUGAUAGAGUUACUAAAAUCGCCAUCUCUUAAUGUGGCCGAGCAAGCAGUGUGGGCUCUUGGAAAUAUUGCUGGAGAUGGACCUGUUCCACGUGAUCUUGUUCUUGGUCAUGAUGCUCUACCACUCCUUUUGGAGCUUAUCAAACCAGAUACUCCUGUAUCUUUCACUCGCAAUUUAGUUUGGACACUUUCUAAUCUGUGUCGUAAUAAAAAUCCACCACCUCCAUUCCAAACUGUUAAGGCUGCUCUUCCAGUUUUGAAUCGACUGCUCAGUUAUGCAGACAAUGAUGUACUCGCUGAUGCAUGCUGGGCAUUGUCAUAUCUCAGUGACGGUGAAAAUGAAAAAAUUGAAGCUGUGGUUAACAGUGGGGUGAUUCCAAAAUUGGUUGAACUUCUAGCCUCAGCAGAGGUGACUAUUUUAACACCAGCUUUACGAGCAGUCGGAAAUAUAGUAACAGGAAAUGAUGUCCAAACUGAUGCUGUAAUUACUGCUGGAGGACUUAAACAUCUUGGGGCAUUGUUACAUCAUAAACGAGUGAACAUUAUAAAGGAGGCAGCAUGGGCAAUAAGCAAUAUUGCAGCUGGAAAUCAUAAUCAAAUUCAACAUAUUAUAAAUGCUGGACUUCUUCCAUCACUUAUCCAUGUUCUUCAAAAGGGAGAUUUUAAAUCGCAGAAAGAAGCUGCCUGGGCUAUUACUAAUUUUACAUCAGGUGGUACUGUCCAACAACUUGCUCAAUUGAUUCAACUUGGUAUUCUUGAGCCAUUCUGUAGUAUGCUGGAAGCUAAGGAUUGGAAGAUAAUUUUGGUUAUACUCGAUGGAUUAACAAAUAUUUUGAAUGCUGCUGAUAAAAUAGGUGAAGUGGAACGUGUUGCUAUGAUGAUUGAAGAAGUUGGAGGUCUUGAUAAAUUAGAGGCUCUGCAGCAGCAUGAUAACGAUGAAGUUUACCAAAAAGUUAUGGCAAUGAUUGACACUUUCUACUCAGAUGGGUAUACCGAGGACAAUAAUCUUGCACCAGCUACAGAGGAGGAACAAUUAGAAUUUCAACCGACUGAAGCAGCUCCACAAGGUGGCUUCCAGUUUUAACUUUCUUUAAUCCUUGAAAACCCAUUGAUCAAAGGUCUUUUCCUUACGUGUAAAUAUUUUUUACAUAUAAGGAACAGACUGUAUAACAAUUAUACAGUAGCUCGUAAAAUGUUUAUUAUAAGUAAAAUUGAUAGGAAUUACGCUCGUUUAAUCAUAACUGAAUAUACAUUUAAUUUUUCUAAUUUAAUCUGCCAAAGGACCGUUAGGUAUUGUUGCUUUGUGAUAUGAUGGUGGAAAAAAACUUUCGAAUAUUUACGAUUUUCAAUAAUACGACAAUAAAUUUUUAUAUGAAAUAAA